GCCACAUUCCUGUCAUUCCAGGUCUGCGCGUGCCAUCAUUUAACACAACAGUCAGCGCGAGCUGCUUGUAUUCGCCUCAGCCAGUUUUAGCUGUUUUGCUAUACUUGUAUUGCUUUUAUUUUGGUGCUUUAAAAGAUAUUACACCAAUAUCCGACUACAUUUAGAUGAAUACGCGAGUUCUGGUUUGGUUUUCUCCCAUUCGCUUCGCGUAACGCAGUGUUUUACCUGGCUUCGGCUGGCUAAGCAGGCUAACUAAUUUAGCUAACGUUAUCUCGCGAGUUAAUCGAUACUCUGCUGCUUUCACUCCGCAAGGAUACGAGGAACACCUCAUGUAUCUUUUUAAAAAGAUUAUGCCAUAUAUCUACACGUGACAAAGAGCUGUGAUCUCGGGUUGGACCUUGUGGAUGUUGUGAAAGGCACAGUGAAGCUGAAGACCAGAUGUUCCUCUGACACAAGCAAAAAUGAUGCCUAUGAUUUUAACGGUGUAUUUGAGUGAUGGGGAGCAGGCGCUGACAGAGGUGCCCAUCACUCCAGAGACGACGUGUCGUGAUGUGGUGGAGUUCUGUAAGGAGCCAGGAGAAAGCGGCUGCCACCUGGCCGAGGUUUGGCAUGGAAAUGAGCGAGCCAUACCCUUUGACCACAUGAUGUAUGAGCACCUGCAGAAAUGGGGCCCCAGAAAGCAGGAGGUGAAGUUCUACCUACGCCACGAAGACUCGCCCACUGAAAGCAGUGAUCAGGGGAGCCAGCAGUCUCAGGAGCAGCCCAGCAGGAGAGGAGGAAGCAGCUCAGACAUGCACAACGAGAACGGGGUGGGAAACCCUCGUGUGGAGCUCACUCUCUCAGAGCUACAGGAGAUGGCCACUCGUCAGCAGCAGCAAAUUGAGGCCCAGCAACAGAUGCUUGUCGCUAAG